AUGUGCUCUGGAGACUCUGUGUCAUUGCAGAUCUUGCUCUCGUUUGCAGAGCAAAAGCGGAAGCUCUUCCACACGCCGCUCUACGACUCAGAGGUGGCGCUGAAGAAGCUCUACAUCCAGACCGUGCGGCGCCUGCCUGCCUUCGCGUGCCACCUGCAUCAGGUGAAGGAACUCCUGCGGGGGAAGACCAAGAAGAAGGCCCUUGGGUAUCAUGCACAGGCAUCCCGUUUGCUGGGCAUCGGUGCCAACACGAUCGUGCUCCUCGACACCAAGACCAAGAUUCUCGCCAAAGCACAGCACACGCAGGAUCUGAUUCAGUGGCGCACGGGCGGCGGGCGCUCCCAUGACCGCCUGGUGCUGGAGUUCCGCGGAACGAAAUGGACCUUCAGCGUCGGUUCCAGCACGAGUCUCACCGACUUGGGCCGCGCCCUCUGGGCCAUCUUGCAGAGUGAGGACCCGCUGCAGAUCACGGGGCCACAGCAGGGCCACGCCGCCACGCACAGAGGAGGUGAGCUCGUGCGCCGUGGAGCUUGCCUGGGGAUGCUCUACUCCGCCGAGCUGGAGCGCCUACAGAAGCUUCUCCAUUUCCCCGAGGAGGUGGCGCUACAGCUGACGGAGGUCGAGUACGAGCUGUACUACCGCGUGCCGCCCAUCGCCUACGUCAGGCAUGUCACCAGCGACCUCCGGCCUCGCCCCCAUGCGGACAACCUGCCGGCGACGCCCUCCGUGGCGCACCUCACCAAGAGGUUCCAGGAGGUAAGCUCAGUCUGCCCUUAA